AUGGAAAAGAUGCUCGCAGGCUGCUUUCUGCUGAUCCUCGGACAGAUCCUCCUCCUCCCUGCCGAGGCCAGGGAGCGGUCACGUGGGAGGUCCAUCUCUAGAGGCAGACACGCUCGGACCCACCCGCAGACGGCCCUUCUGGAGAGCUCCUGUGAGAACAAGCGGGCAGACCUGGUUUUCAUCAUUGACAGCUCCCGCAGUGUCAACACCCAUGACUAUGCAAAGGUCAAGGAGUUCAUCGUGGACAUCUUGCAAUUCUUGGACAUUGGUCCUGAUGUCACCCGAGUGGGCCUGCUCCAAUAUGGCAGCACUGUCAAGAAUGAGUUCUCCCUCAAGACCUUCAAGAGGAAGUCCGAGGUGGAGCGUGCUGUCAAGAGGAUGCGGCAUCUGUCCACGGGCACCAUGACAGGGCUGGCCAUCCAGUAUGCCCUGAACAUCGCAUUCUCAGAAGCAGAGGGGGCCCGGCCCCUGAGGGAGAACGUGCCACGGGUCAUAAUGAUCGUGACGGAUGGGAGACCUCAGGACUCCGUGGCCGAGGUGGCUGCUAAGGCACGGGACACAGGCAUCCUAAUCUUUGCCAUUGGUGUGGGCCAGGUAGACUUCAACACCUUGAAGGCCAUUGGGAGUGAGCCCCACGAGGACCAUGUCUUCCUGGUGGCCAAUUUCAGCCAGAUUGAGACGCUGACCUCCGUGUUCCAGAAGAAGUUGUGCACAGCCCACAUGUGCAGCACCCUGGAGCAUAACUGUGCCCACUUCUGCAUCAACAUCCCUGGCUCAUACGUCUGCAGGUGCAAACAAGGCUACAUUCUCAACUCGGAUCAGAGGACUUGCAGAAUCCAGGAUCUGUGUGCCAUGGAGGACCACAACUGUGAGCAGCUCUGUGUGAAUGUGCCGGGCUCCUUCGUCUGCCAGUGCUACAGUGGCUACGCCCUGGCUGAGGACGGGAAGAGGUGUGUGGCUGUGGACUACUGUGCCUCAGAAAACCACGGAUGUGAACAUGAGUGUGUAAAUGCUGAUGGCUCCUACCUUUGCCAGUGCCGUGAAGGAUUUGCUCUUAACCCAGAUAAAAAAACGUGCACAAAGAUAAACUACUGUGCCUCAUCUAAUCACGGAUGUCAGCACGAGUGUGUUAACACAGAUGAUUCCUAUUCCUGCCGCUGCCUGAAAGGCUUUACCCUGAAUCCAGAUAAGAAAACCUGCAGAAGGAUCAACUACUGUGCACUGAACAAACCGGGCUGUGAGCACGAGUGCAUCAACACGGAGGAGAGCUACUACUGCCGCUGCCGCCGUGGCUACACUCUGGACCCAAAUGGCAAAACCUGCAGCCGAGUGGACCACUGUGCACAGCAGGACCAUGGCUGUGAGCAGCUGUGUCUGAACACGGAGGAUUCCUUCGUCUGCCAGUGCUCAGAAGGCUUUCUCAUCAACGAGGACCUCAAGACCUGCUCCCGGGUGGAUUACUGCCUGCUGAGUGACCAUGGUUGUGAAUACUCCUGCGUCAACAUGGACAGAUCCUUUGCCUGUCAGUGUCCUGAGGGACACGUGCUCCGCAGUGAUGGGAAGACGUGUGCAAAAUUGGACUCUUGUGCUCUGGGGGACCACGGUUGUGAACAUUCAUGUGUAAGCAGUGAAGAUUCGUUUGUGUGCCAGUGCUUUGAAGGUUAUAUACUCCGUGAAGAUGGAAAAACCUGCAGAAGGAAAGAUGUCUGCCAAGCUAUAGACCAUGGCUGUGAACACAUUUGUGUGAACAGUGACGACUCAUACACGUGCAAGUGCUUGGAGGGAUUCCGGCUUGCUGAGGAUGGGAAACACUGCCGAAGGAAGGAUGUCUGCAAAUCAACCCACCAUGGCUGCGAACACAUUUGUGUUAAUGAUGGGAAUUCCUACAUCUGCAAAUGCUCAGAGGGAUUUGUUCUAGCUGAGGACGGAAGACAGUGCAAGAAAUGCACUGAAGGCCCAAUUGACCUGGUCUUUGUGAUCGAUGGAUCCAAGAGUCUUGGAGAAGAGAAUUUUGAGGUCGUGAAGCAGUUUGUCACCGGAAUUAUAGAUUCCUUGACGAUUUCCCCCAAAGCCGCUCGAGUGGGGCUGCUCCAAUAUUCCACACAGGUCCGCACAGAGUUUACCCUGAGAAACUUCAACUCAGCUAAAGACAUGAAAAAAGCCGUGGCCCAUAUGAAAUACAUGGGAAAGGGCUCUAUGACUGGGCUGGCCCUGAAACACAUGUUUGAGAGAAGUUUUACCCAAGGAGAAGGGGCCAGGCCCCUUUCCACAAGGGUGCCCAGAGCAGCCAUCGUGUUCACUGACGGACGGGCUCAGGAUGACGUCUCCGAGUGGGCCAGUAAAGCCAAGGCCAAUGGUAUCACUAUGUAUGCUGUUGGGGUAGGAAAAGCCAUUGAGGAGGAACUACAAGAGAUUGCCUCUGAGCCCACAAACAAGCAUCUCUUCUAUGCUGAAGACUUCAGCACAAUGGAUGAGAUAAGUGAAAAACUCAAGAAAGGCAUCUGUGAAGCUCUAGAAGACUCCGAUGGAAGACAGGACUCUCCAGCAGGGGAACUGCCAAAAAGGGUCCAACAGCCAACAGUGCAACACAGAUAUCUGUUUGAAGAAGACAAUCUUUUACGGUCUACACAAAAGCUUUCCCAUUCAACAAAACCUUCAGGAAGCCCUUUGGAAGAAAAACACGAUCAAUGCAAAUGUGAAAACCUUAUAAUGUUCCAGAACCUUGCAAACGAAGAAGUAAGAAAAUUAACACAGCGCUUAGAAGAAAUGACACAGAGAAUGGAAGCCCUGGAAAAUCGCCUGAGAUACAGAUGAAGAUUAGAAAUCGCGAACAUUUGUAGUCAUUGUAUUGAGGAUUACGAUGAAAGCAGUGCAGAGCCCCAAAGCUCAGGCUAUUGUUAAAUCAAUAAUGUUGUGAAGUAAAACAAUCAGUACUGAGAAAGCUGGUUUGCCACAGAACAAAGACAGGAAGUAUACACUAACUUGUAUAAAUUUAUCUAGGAAAAAAAUCCUUCAGAAUUCUAAGAUGAAUUUACCAGGUGAGAAUGAAUAAGCUACGCAAGGUAUUUUGUAAUAUACUGUGGACACAACUUGCUUCUGCCUCGUCCUGCCUUAGUGUUGCAAUCUCAUUUGACUAUACGAUCAAGUUUGCACAGUCUUACUUCUGUAGAACACUGGCCAUAGGAAAUGCUGUUUUUUUGUAUUGGACUUUACCUUGAUAUAUGUAUAUGGAUGUAUGCAUAAAAUCACAGGACAUAUAUACUUGUGGAACAAGUUGGAUUUUUUAUACAAUAUUAAAAUUCACCAUGUCAGAGAA